UGGGAUAUGAGAGUCCUCCGGCGGCGCGUUGCCGCCAUGUCACCUAGAGAGAAACAUUUAGCGCUUCUCUCUGUUUUAUGCGUAGUUAGUCUUGCCCUUUAUUAUAUUCCUACUUUUCUUUACGCGACUUUAAUUCUUGGAGUUUGUUGCAUUGUGUGUUACUAUCACAGCGGAGAACCGCUUCCCGCCAGGUUAGGCCUGAAUCCGCGAGCUGGACUAAACGUCCCAGCCUUGCUCAGGCGUUGGUUGUUGGGUUGGGGGGUGACCGGCGUGUCGGUGGCCGCCCGGGGGAAAACGAAGAGUAGCAGCAACAGAACCGAGCUCCGGGGACCAGAGGGACACUUCAGACCAACGCUCGGGGAAACUGGGAUUUAUCGGAGGGAAGCUUUGGCAAGUGACUCGUUUCUUUUCAGCCCCCGGGAUUUCCUCAUGGGGAGUUACAUCGGGAAACCCGAAAGUCCAACCGCUGACUCCGGGAGGCCGAGGGCAGGGAGAAAUCCCCGAGAGCAGCUGCGGGAAAAGCUGUCUAGACCCAACCAUGCUGUCUAUACCCCAAACAGGAGGUUGUCAUUUGCUGGGGAGCCACUGGGCACAAUGGGCAGGUUCACCAUCACCCCGCAGCGUCAUUACCCGUUGCAGCAGCCAGGUGUCUCGUCAGUGGGAGUCCUACCUCCUGUCAAGUGGGAUGGCUUCAGGAAGAAAAAUGUCCUCAGCCCCCGUAACUCCCCGGCAGCCCUCAGUCCUGUCACAGUGAAGAUUGCCAGGCCCAACCACAACACCCCCAGUUUGGACCAUCUGAGUUGUGCAGGGCUCCCCAGGGCCCCUGCAGACCCCUGCUCCAGAGAAAGUGUCCUCAGGGUGUUGAAGGAAAGCCGCAAGAGAGAAGUGGAAGAUGAGGACAGGAGCUUCACAACUGAGCAGAAAAGCAAGCGAAGGCGUAACGACAGUGGUGGAAGCGCACACUCUGCUUUUGAGCCUCUUUUGCCCAAUGCACCAUCACAGUUGGUCCCUAAGCCAGGAAGCCUGAAAAGAGGGAUGACCUCAUUGGCAGAGGAGUCCAUCAUGAAGAGGUCUCGCACCUCGUCCAUCAGCUCUGGCAGUGGGGCACAUGCCCCUAGAGGAACCCCAGGCAGCAAGAGAAACCCUAUCCACAGCUCCUACAGCUCUUCAUUAGGCCUCAGCCAGUGGAAGAAACCGUCAGCUCCCAGCUCACCUCUGUCAAGCCCUGGAUCAUCUCGCUCCCAGACUCCAGAAGGAGCCUCCAAAAGACCCAGAGAGGACGAUGGGCAGUCUCCCAGCUCAGCAUCCUCUGUGAGGUCAGACCAGAUAGCCACCGACAAGGCACCUGUUACUUCCAAACUGACUCCAGUUCCCAAGAUCCCCGUCACUACCUCAGCAGACUCUACUGGUAGUGCUGGGAAGAGAAAACGGAAGAUCCAGCUGGUGUCCAGCCACCGGGACGAUCACAUCUCACUGCCCCCACCUCCAGAGCUUGGUUACACCAUCACUGUGAAAGACCUAGAUGAAGAGAAAAAGGCUGCUAUCAGCAAGAUCCAGAAAGUCCUGGAAACGCCUGCUCCAGAGCAAGAGAAGUCUGUCUCUCCCCCAGCCACCAAUUCCACCAAGCCCACCUCCUCCACCAGCUCUACCACGACCACCACCCUGAGCAGCCUUCUUGCAGCUCCUCUGCCUACAGCCUCCAGCUCUGUCAUCCCAGUCAUCAACCUUGAUCCCAGCCCAGGCAGCAGUGUGAGCACAGCACCUGCAGCUUCCAACCCACUGCUGGAGGCUCUCAAAAUGAAGACCAGCACUCCUGCUAUCUCCACAUCUGCUGCCAGCACAACCACAGUGUCUGCAUCGACCACACCAGUGCAACCCAGCAGUUUAAACCUGAAGGCAACAACUGCAGUGGGUGUCCCACAGCUCCCCCCUGCCUCCCAGUCUCAGUCCUCCACUGCUGGUGUGGAGCAGCCCUCUGCCUUUACUCAGGUCCUUGGUCAGGUCUUCAAGGCUUCCAGCAGCACCCCACCUGUAGCAGGAACAGGCCUGUUUGGAUUGGCUAGCCAGAUCAGCACCCCCUCUGCUUCUACAGCCUCCAACACAGUCACUGUUGCUACUACACCUCCAGCCAGCAGCUAUGAGUCACUCAGUAACACAAACCCUCUGCUGGCUUCAGGGUUCAAGCCCAUCUUUGCUGUCAGCACCACCCCCUCCUCAGCUACAUCAGCUCCAGAGAGCAAACCUCCUGUUCAAAAUUUCAAACCCAUCUUUGGAGGUGCUACUACGAAUGCUGGCUUUGGACAGCCUGCAUCCCUCACAACCACCAACCCAGUCUCUACAGUUUCUUCAAGUAGUACACCUUCAAUAUUUGGUGGAUCAACAAGCAGCACCACAGCUGCCUCAUCUGUUUUUCCAGGCUUGACCAACACCCCCACUGGAACAGCCUCCACUGGCUCCAUCACCACCACACAGCCUGCAGCCCAGGCAGGUGUGAAAUCCCUCUUUGGAAACUGGUCCACACCAUCCACAACAAGUACAGGCUCAGCCACAACACAGGCCCCUAAUACAGGGAGCACAUUUCAAUUUGGAACUGUUCCCACCACUACUGCAACUGCAGCAGCAGCUGCCCCAGCUGCUGCUACCACAACCUCCAGCAACGGCACCUUCACAUUUGGUGUCACACAGCCGGACCCACAAGCUGCCAACCAGAAGGUAUUUGCUUUUGGCCAACCAGCCCCCAGUCAGAACACAACCACUGCUUCAUUUGGAGGCUUUGCCAUGGCCAACACUGCCUCCACCACUUCUGCCGCCACCACCCAGUCCACUUUCACCUUUGGAAAGCCAUCAUUUGAGGCGCCAGCAGCACAGACGACCUUUGGCUCCUCAGCAGCACCGUCAAAGCCAUUCACUUUUGGAGGCAGCGUUGCAUCAUCCACACCUGCCUCUAACCCCGCCCCAGCUCCUUUCACUUUUGGGGCACCUGCUGCCACCACAGCAACCACGUUCGGGACCCCUGCUAAACCAGCAUUUGGAGCCAGCUCCACUGGUUUUGCUUUUGGUGGCUCCACUGCCCCCUCAGCUGCACCCUCAGCUGCACCAAGCUUCGGUGCAGCAACCCAGACUCAGAGCUCCUCCUCAUCCACCUUUACAUUUGGUAGUGGUGCUCCUCAGCCGGCUCCCUCUGGCCCAGCUCAGCCAGCACCCAGUGGAUUUAACUUUGGUGCUGGUAUGGCAUGCCCCCAGUUUGGAACACCAGUCUCCAAUAAUCCUGCACCGCAUAUGGGAAGCUUCAAUUUUGGGGCUGCUGCUACUGACAAACCAGCUUUUGGGACAUCUACCCCCUCCUUUGGCCAGAAUGCUGCGGCAGGUCCAAUUGCCUUUGGAAGUCCUGGAAAUCCAGUCCAAGGCUUCAAUGCUGCUCCUUUUGGGUCUCCGGCUACUCCCUCCUUCUCUAUUGGAGCUGGAUCAAAACCAUCUGGAGCACGUCAGAGACUGCAGGCACGGAGGCAACACAACAGGAAGAAGUAACCUGCUACAUGUGUCCAACACUGCUUUCAAAGGACUUCAGCUGUUGCUGCUAUGGCUAAUCUGGCUAACAUUGCUCUGUUCUAAGCCCAACAUCCCCCAACCAGGCCACCACCAUGCCCGCUGCUUCCUUCCCCUCCUCCAGUGGGUUGUGCUGGCCGGAAACAUUGUGUUUGCAGAGGAGUUAGAAAGAGCACACCAGCUUGCUGAGUUCAUGCUGCCUGGAUGACUACAUGACUCAAUGAGGGAUCGUAGCAGUGAGGAGACAGAAUCCAGAACAAUGUACAAUACUUGAAGAGAGAAAAGACAAUUGAUUAGUUUGAUUCUGAACAAAAGCAUAUCCAAAGUUCUUUUUCCUUUUCCAGUAUGUGGACACUCCCAUUGGUUCGUCUUAAGGAGAAAGUUGAGUCCGACAAAGACAUGGAGCCUUGGCUCAAACAUUUAUUUUUUUACGUGAAGUGCUCACUGGUUUGUAUGUUACGGAAUAUUUGAGUACAUUCUCUGAAUGAGUCUGAGUAGGGUGAAAUGCACAGUUGAUUCAGAUAAGGUACACAACGCUGCAGUGUAAAUGUAAAGUUAUGAGUCGUUUGCAUUUUAAAUUAUUUUUUUUAAUUGGCUCUCUGACCCUGUAUAUGAAUGAUUUGUUUCUGCACUUAAGGGCAACUUAGUAAAUGUCUUAAUGUAGUGAGUGAAGAUCCUUUUGUUCUUGUUUCAUACUCUUUAUCAUUGCAAGCAUUCCCAGAGUCCUCCUGUGGACAGCCUUUUUUAAUAGUGAUUGCCAACUCUGAUGUAAUUAGUAGGUCAGUACGUGAUUAGGAUGACUACUAUUGACUUGUGUUGUCAAACCAAAGCCAAUUCUUCAGCUUCAUGCCUGUGAAAAGAAUCUGUGAUCUCUAUCUCAUCUUUAAAUCAUCCUGAGAUGUGUUUGUUUGUGCCAGACUACCUCUCUUUACUCCCAGGCACUGAAUCCUUGUUAGUUCACUGAAAAAUAACAAAUCUGACAUCAUUGACAAAUAAGAUUUUAUCUUCAACUACUGUUAUUACAGAUGUACCUUAAUAAAUACAGUUGAGUUCUUUAAAACAUCUGCACAUUAUCUCCACUUCUGAAAUGUCACUGUCAUAAUAGAUCACACCACAUUAAUGUAACAUCAGAUUGACCAAACACACAAUCUGUCAAAUUUGGAAACCCUUAUCUUCCAGAAACUCUCACUAUGAUGCAGGGAUUUUUGUUGUCUCUAAUGUCUUACUUGCACCAUGAGGUGAGGAACUUUGUCAAGCAAACAUGACAGUAAACCCACUGAUGUCAGCAGUCAAAGUUAUUUUUAUCAAAAUCAUUUCUGUUCUGAAUAAUAAUCACCUCUUGUGAAAAGUGAGCAGUAUCUGAUGCAGUUUUUGAUUGUUGUUUUUGAAUGAAUAAAAACUGAAUUUUGGACAUGGACAAGAACACAUUCAACCCUUCAAGGCCCCAUUCUUUUGCUUUCCAACCAAAUGACGGGCCACUGGCUGUGACCAUUAGUUCAGUUCUAGUUUGUAUCUGCUUUUGAAUAAAGGGUUACUAAAUAAAC